AUUUAAUAUAGAGUAAUAUUACAGAUUCUAUAGCUAUUACAGAACUACUUAAAACAUCAAUAUCACUGAAGAUAGUGGUUUUUUCUGCCAGCUUCCAUGUAUAUGUCUGUGUUAGGAAUGCUCAGCAGCUGACUGCGGCACUGGAUCAGGCUCGCUGGAACUCUCUGGUUCAAUGUUCAAUAUGUACAGGCAAGCUCUAGCAUUGCUGCUUCUAGCUGAUGUAUUGAUUUUUUUGCUUCUGGUAAUAUCCAUCCAAGAUGGCUGAAGAGACAAUAUAUCUGUGUAAUUUCCGAGUUUCUGUUGAUGGAGACUGGCUUUGUUUACGGGAAUUAUCCGAUGUACAGUUAGAGGUGGACGACGAUGAUAUGGUGUCACCCGUCCUCAGUCCUGUGUCGCCCGACGAUGGUCGUGACCCCAAGACAAUAGAAAGGGCUAAUCUGCUUAACAUCUGUAAACUUGUCAUCAAAGAGCUGCUAGACUCAUCGUUGGCACAUGGCCGCAUGUUGGAUGACGAACAUGUCCCACUCCAGCAGUUCUUUGUUGUUUUGGAGCACGUACUUCGCCAUGGAAUCAAACCUAGAAAAGGUUUACUGCGGGAUAAAAAGGAUUUCUGGUGUGUACUGGAGAUGGUGGAGAAGCUUGUACCAGAGGCUUCCGAGAUCAGCACCAGUGUUAGGGAUAUGCCUCAUAUAAAAACCCCUCUAGGUCGUGCUAGGGCCUGGCUGAGACUGGCAACCAUGCAGAAGACUUUGGCUGACUACUUUAAAGUGCUGAUGGAGAAGAAAGAUGUAGUACUGAGUGAGUUUUAUGACCCUGGGGCAAUGAUGAUAGAGGACGAGGGUAUGGUGAUUGCUGGACUUCUUGUCGGUCUUAACGUAAUUGACUGUAAUAUUUGUGUGAAGGAGGAGGACCUUGACCAGCCUAUGGGUGUGAUAGACUUUAGCUUGUAUCUGAAAGACUCACGGCUACAUGACCAGUCACCUGAUGAAGAAAGUGCUGAAGGGAAAUCCAAAAUGGCAACAAUUUUAGAUCAGAAAAAUUACCUUGAAGAAUUGAAUAGACAUUUGAAUGCUACAGUAACAAACUUACAACAGAAGAUGGAGACAGCACAAACAACCAAUGCCUUAAUGAAGGAAGACCUGGCUAUUUCUAAAAACGCCAUCCUCGCUCUCCAGGAGGAAAAUGCUACUCUUCAGGCAGAAAAGAGUUCUCUCCUUCAGGACGCACACAAACAGAUGGAGUCAGAAAAGACAUUGGCUAAUAAACAAGAUAUAGAGACAGAGAGAGAAACAUAUCAAACGUCUCGAGCAGGGCUUGAUGAAAUGUACGGUGAUAUGAAGAAAAGAUUGGAUGAGGAAACGCAGACCAGAUUAGAUGUGGAAAAGGAAUUGGAACUUCAGAUUGGUAUGAAGCAGGAAAUGGAGAUGGCUUUGAGGAUUUUAGAAAAAGAUAUUCAUGAAAAACAAGACACUAUGAUAUCUUUACGAAAACAGCUUGAAGAGAUUAAAACGAUAAACCUAGAACUCUACCAGAAAUUACAGAGCUGUGACCAAAGUCUUAAACACAAAACAGAGCUGGUGACAAAACUUGAAGAUAAAACCACACAGCUGGUCACCACACUAAAAGACAUGGAGAAGAGACUUAAACAGGCUGAUUCUGACAAAAUGGCUGCAGAGGAAACAGCCCGAAAACUGGGUCAGGUUAUAGCUGAUAAAGAUUGUAAACGAACGGCUUUAGAGACAGACCUGAGGAUAGAGCGGGAAUGGCGAGGGACGCUUCAGAAAACACUGGAACAGGAGAAAGAGGCGACUGCCCAAAUACAGGCUGAAUAUGUACAGGUCAAGGAGGUUGAAAAGGAGUAUAAAUCAUUACAAAAGAUGCACCAAGGUCUACAACAAACUUGUGAGGAGCAGGAAAGAACUCUGGCAGAACUUGGCUCUCAUCUAAGCGAAUCCAAACUAAAAGUGGAGGAUAUGAGAGAAGCAAGUCAAGUAACUAAGGAGGCUGCGUGGAUGAGUGAUAAGGACGCAUCACAGUGUAGUAACUGUAAUAAGGAAUUUUCUAUAGCUAGACGGAAGCAUCAUUGUCGUAACUGUGGUGAGAUUUUCUGUAAUGAGUGUUCAGACAAUAAGAUGCCAUUGCCCUCAUCAGCUAAGCCUGUGCGUGUCUGUGAUACUUGUCAAACUGUGCUUCUCCAACGAUAUUCAUCGGCUGGGAACAAAGCUUAGGGGAGGCUAUUCUAUCACAAAAUUGUCAAAGAGGCAGAGGGAGGCAACUCAUCAAACGGCUGAUAAAAUCCAGAUUCCUGCAUAAAACAAAAGCGAACGGAAUAUAUGAAUGAUAUAUUAUAAGGUGGAAAUAUUCAUAACGUAAUUGCAUCCAAUAACAAUUACUGAUAUGUAGCUCACAUGUUUAGAGCGCCAUUCCAAACUGAUAAGAUGGUGUGGUGUUAAAAGAUGACAAGGCUAUUUUGCUUUUUAUUCGAGAUUUGAAAACACAAGACGAUCGUAAUCAGUUUCUACAUAACUACUUCAAGUAAAUGAAACGUUUAAUUUGCGUAACUAUUUACUACCUAAUCUAGUCUUACCGAGGUCCAGUCCUGUAUCCAGAUUGUUUAUGUUUGCCUAGUAUUUAAAAUUAUCUUAUGUUUGGUUGAUUGUAUGUGAUAACCUCAAAAGUCAUGGAACCCUUCAUUUGAUAAAAUGUGGUUUUGUAUUAUUGUUCUAAUCAGUGGACUCUCGAAUAAUUAUGACAUAAAAAUAACGCACAAAUGCUCUUUUUGUCAGACGUGUCUUUCAGAUGAAAUGAUAACGAUGAUAAAUGAUUUAGAGUUUUUCUGGUGAUUUAGUGUCUAUGUAUUAACAAAUACUCAUAGUCAAAUAAAAAUGUUGUAACUCCUUAUCAAGAGAAGUAGGAAGGUAUCGAUUAUCACAGGUUGUUCUGUUGGUGCGGUAUCAGGUAUUGGCACAUAACUAUCAUGCUACUAUAUUAACAGGUAUUGUGACCAUGUGACACUGGUGCCAUUUACGCAUGUACAUAUAUAUACUACAUGCUUUGAUAGUAUGUGUGAUUAACAACCAGCGAUAUUUAAUUUCGUUGCCGAUGAUGUGUUCAAUUCGCUAAUAUGUUUCCUGUAUUGUAAUUUCCAAUAAUGGUUCUAAGGAACCAGUGCAUACUCAAAUACUUACUUGCCAGUUCAGAGUUGUAUCCGGUAAAAUUGUUUGUCCUUUCGUUCAUUGUAAACAUAAAAAAAUACACCCGUAAAUGAGAUACUGCUGGACACUAGAAAUAGUGUCGCCAAGGAACCAGUUCAUAUAACGACUUCUCUGAAAACCCGUAUACAUGUACAGAGGAUCUUUCUUCACAGGAAAUGUUCGUACUCUUAAUAGAAGAAAUUCGCAUUGUCCAUUGUCGAGUUAUUUACAAUAGGUGAUAGUGAAACUUCUAAUUGGGCGAAAAUGCGAUCUCUUCUAAAUCCUGAAAUCCGAAAAGAUCAGCGUUUGCCAGAGUUUCCCGGUAUUAGAUAAGAAAGUUGUCAAAAUUAAUCCUUUCACAAGUCAAUGUGUAAAUGUUGAAUAUCGUCGAUCUUGUUUUCAGACUUGAAUGAUGAGAAAAGUAUUACGGAAAAUCGGAAUGUUUCAAAGCUAGGGUUAGGAUGUAAUCGCUUUUUAAAAUGCCGAAAUGUUUCAUAAAGAAACUUUUCAAUAUCACUUCGGAAUUGCAUGAGGACGGCCGGAACAGUAUUUUUGAACCCCGGAAUGCUUCAUAGAGUUUGGUAAGAAUGGUUGUUUGGAAUCCAGGAAUGAUGAUGGACACGUUAGCUUAAAAUGAAUUAUACAAUAGUGUGGAUGUGUAUGGUGUGAUUUUAAAUGAGGAUGUAUGAAAAGAAUUGUCAGAAAUGUACAUUAUCGUUGAUGUGAUAGAAUUAAUAAUAUUCAUACAAACGGACGUGCCCAGUACGUGUAUAAGGUUGUUCCUAUAUGUGUAUAUAAUGCUUAAAUAUAAAUAUAUAUAUGUAUACGUAAAUACUAUUUUAACAGGGCAACAUAUAGGUAGUCAAGGUGACUGAUGUGUACUACAUUUGUGUUAUGUUCUCAUGCUAUAUUUGAAAGUGAUGGUUAUUGCGUCAUCGAAGUCAUUAAAAGUGCUUCUAUGAAUAAAGAAUAUCAUGAUUGUGUG